GACUUCUUCCCCAUCAUUUGGCCUCCCAUUUUCGCCUCCUAGUUUCUCAGAUCAUUCACAAAAGUUAAAACUGUGUUUGCAAACUCUUUCUUUCCAUCUUCAGAGUUUGUAGCUUCUUUCUUCUCUUACAACUCAUUCUUUGCUAUGGAAUUUGCGGUAGCUGCUGCUGGCUCUAUCCUUUCUGUUUGCUUUCAGGGGCUUCUCGACAGGUUGAACUCCAUUGACUUGACGAAAUACGUAGGCCAAGGUCAAGUCUUGGCUCAACUCAUGAAGUGGAAAAAGAUUCUCAAAAGAAUUUAUGCGGUGCUUGAAGAUGCAGACGAGAAGCAGACGGCAAAUCGAUUGGUGGAGAUCUGGUUAUGCGAUCUCAGAGACUUGGCUUACGACCUGGAGGAUAUCAUUGAUGAACUUGCCACGGAGGUUCAGCAACGCAAGUUGGAAGAGGAACCUGUUCAUCCGAAGAAUAAGGUCCACGAGUUUUUCUGUGUUAUGUGUGGUGGGGGAAAUCUAAAUCUAAAUACUAUUAAGUUCAAUGUUGAGAUGGUUGCCAAAAUAGAGGAAACUAGUGCUAGAUUAGAUGAGAUCAUAAAGCAGAAAGAUGAACUCCGUUUAGCAGAAUAUACUACGAGGAGGGUGAGCCAUGUGACAGAAAGACCACCCGCAACCUCUUUGGUUAAUGAAGCAAAGGUUUAUGGUAGGGAGGAAGAUAAGAAGGCGAUGUUGAAAUUGUUGAAUGCUGAGACAAGUCACGCCCAGGUAUCUGUGAUCUCCAUAGUUGGGAUGGGAGGCCUUGGCAAGACAACUCUAGCUCAGCUAGUCUACAAUGAUCCCAUGUUGCAGUUUGAUUUAAAAGCCUGGGUGUCUGUUGGUGAAGAUUUUGAUGUUUCCAGGGUCACAAAAACAUUUCUUCUUCAACUGGGCGAUGGUGGUGAUGAUAAAGAUUUAAAUGUGCUUCAGGUAAAAUUGAAGCAAAAGUUGUCUGGGAAGAAGUUUUUAGUUGUCCUAGAUGAUGUUUGGACCCAGAACUAUGAGCAAUGGACUCUGUUUUGGGGUCCUUUUGAAGCAGGGGCUCCUCAAAGCAGAGUUAUCGUCACGACUCGAAGUCAGCAUGUUUCGUCAAGGAUCGGUGCCACUCAAGCAUAUUCUCUAAGAAGCUCUCACACAAUUAAUGUAUGUCUGUGUUUGCCCAGCAUGCUCUGGGAGCAAAUAAUUUUGACGACCAUUUGGAGCUAAAAGAAAUAGGUGACGAGAUUGUCGAAAGAUGUGGAGGAUUACCUUUAGCAGCAAAAGCUCUUGGAGGC